AUGGGGCGGGACGGUGGCCUGACAGGCAGGCAUGCCCACAGGCCUCACGGGGCCGCCACGGUGACCCAGGAGGAGGCCGUGGAGGAGGAUUUCGACCCGCCGGAGGACGCCAAGGAGAUGCCAGUCAAGAACCCUCUGCGCAACCAGUUCAACUUCAGCGAGCGUGCGGCUCAGACGAAGAACCCCAUGCUCAGGGAGCGUGGCUGGAGUACUGAGCCUCCGCCGACGACGGAGUUCAAGGCGACCGUCACGCAAUGGGAGAUCUAUGACCAGUAUAUCCGAGAGAUCGAGGCUGCGAAGGAGAAGGAUAAGGAGGACAAGAAGUCAAAGCAAAAUUACGAUGACGAUGGCGAAAAGAAGAAGAAGAGCGAUGCGGACCCCACGUAUUCCGAGAACAUGAAGCUCUCCAUCAAGAUCAUGGAGCGCAUGGUCAACCAGAACGCGGAGAACGAGGUGUACCGCGACUUCAAGUACUGGGAGGAGACCGCAGCGACGAGUUCCGGGAUGGCGAGGGAUCCUUACUGCCGUUGUGGCGCUUCUCGUCGGAGAAGGCGAAGAAGAAACAGGUCACGUGCAUCAGGUGGAACCCGCGCUACAACGACCUCUGCGCCGCGGGCUUCGGCUCGUACGAGUUCCUGCGCCAGGGCACAGGCGUAA